UCUUUAAUUUCCCUAUUCAAGUUACCGCCGCGAAAGAUAGAGCAUGUGAAUUUAUAUUAUUAAAAUUAAACUGUUCACUUCAUAUUCACUUCGUUAUUAACAAAAUACAUAAUACUUGUAUGUUUGUGAGAAAUAGGUUUAAAAAUUAUGAAUGCAAAAAGGUCAAGUAGAAAUAUACUGUCGAUUUCAGUGUUGUUGUAUUUAUUCUGUUCGUCAGUGAGUGCCUGCUUCAGUUCCGGUUGGGAAACUCUAUUCGAAGAUUUACUCUCCGAUUUGUGCCCAAUUUUCUCCAGUACAACAUCAACCAUUAAUGACCUUUUCCUCUCUUCAGAAGAAGAAGACUCACCGAUCACGAAGGAGCUGGUCUCCGAGAGCUUCCGCUGCGGGCGUGAGCUGGCGCGCGAGGCCCGGCAGCGCGCCAGCAAGCUAGUUCGCAGCGGCGUCAGUUUGGAGGCGUGCUCGCCCGCCAUGCUGCACUUCUUCUCCUCCAAGCUGGCGGGCGACACGAAGAAGGCCUCCGAGCUGUCCAAUGAACUGCUCUCUGCUACUAAAAUUCUGCAAAUGAAGGUGUGCUCGACCUCCGACGUCACUCCAAACACCUUCCUCUCGUUUUUGGAGAACAACCCGGUGCAGCCGCGCGACUUGUCCUGCAAGCCUACCAAGGUGUGCUGCGUUGGAAGCAGCAAGUAUCGCAGCAUCGACGGUGCGUGCAACAAUCCGCAGCACCCCGCGUGGGGACGCCGCGGAGCACCCUUCACCAGGAUCACCGCACCCAGAUAUGCUGAUGGUAUAUACGCAAUGCCCGUGGCCCGAAGCGGGCGGCCGCUUCCCAACCCCCGCGUGCUGUCAGCGCGGGUGUUCGCCGACAACCCGCGGGCAGGAUCGAGCCGCUUGCUAAGCGCACUUAACAUGCAGUGGGGACAGUUCAUCACGCACGACCUGGUGUUCCAGGUCAUGGAGGCCACUGACGAGGGCGGCAUACAGUGCUGCCUCGGCGACGGGCGCGAUGUGCUGCCGCAGUCGAUGCUCAACGACAAGUGCAUCCCCAUCUGCGUGGCCGAGGAUGACCCAUUUUACAGGCAGCACGGCGUCCGCUGCCUGAACUUCGUCAGGAGUGUCACCGCGCCAAGAGAGGACUGCAGCCUGGGGCACGCGGAGCAGAUGAAUACAGUAACUAGUUUUCUUGAUGGAUCACCACUCUAUAGCUCUGACCCAAAACUCGCUGCCAAACUUCGAACUAAAUGUGGUGGAAGAUUGAAAGAGGAAACCAGAAAAAACUGCAAAGGAGGCUUCCUGCCGUCAGUAGAUGAUAAAUCAGCUGUUUGUGAUUUGAGAAAUUCUUCGGAACCUUGUUAUUUAGCCGGCGAUAACAGAAUCAACCAAACUCCAAUGCUGGCCGCGCUCCACACGCUGCUGCUGCGGGAACACAACCGGGUGGCGGACAUCCUCUCCGGCCUCAACCCGCUGUGGAGCGACGAGAAACUGUACCAGGAGGCCAGAAAGAUUGUCAUCGCGGAGAUACAGCAUAUCACUUACCAGGAAUGGCUGCCUUUGAAUUUUGGAGAAAGCUACCUCCGCUACUACCGAAUCUCCCCGACUUCGCUGUACAGUCGAGACUACAACGAGGACGUGAACCCGGGGGUCAUAAACAGCUUCGGCGCGGCCGCCUUUCGCUUCCUGCACACGCUGGUGCCCGACACCAUCAUGAUGUGUCCCGCGAGCGGCCAGGCGGCCUACUUGCACAAACUGAGCGACCAUUACUUCAACCCCGGCCUCAUGGAAGCCUCUCCGGACUCGUUCGACGAGAUCAUCCGCGGCGCGAUCGCGCACCGCUCGGGCGAGGCGGACCCGCACUGCUCGGCCGAGAUCACCACGCUGCUGUUCAAGUCGCACAACCCGUGGGGCCUGGACCUUGUGGCCAUGGACAUCCAGAGGGGACGCGACCACGGCAUUGCCUCGUACAACGAUUACAGGGAAAUCUGUGGUUUGCAAAGAGCAAGAACUUUCCAAGACUUAGCUAAUGAAAUAUCUCAAGAUCGCAUAAACGCGCUGGCGGCGCUGUACGAGUCGGUGGACGACAUCGACCUGUUCGUGGGCGGCGCGCUGGAGCACGCGGCGCCGGGCUCCGUGCUGGGCCACACGUUCCAGUGCGUGGUGGCGGAGCAGUUCUAUCGCACGCGCGUCGGCGACCGGUUCUUCUACGACAACAGCGAGAUGCCGCAUUCCUUCACCCCUGAGCAGCUGAAGGAGCUGAAGAAGGCGUCCAUGGCGCGGCUGGUCUGCGACAACUCGCGCGUGCGGCGCGUGCAGCGCCGGGCCUUCGAGGUGGAGAGCGCGCACAACCCCAAGAGCGCGUGCGACGACUACAGCGCCAUCCCUUGCGUCGACCUCACCGCGUGGAAGCGGCCCAAGUUCGAGCUGUACGACUGAGCGUAGAGCGUGACAGAGCUCGUCCGUGGAAACUACCGCUAUGCUAAAUUCAACCGCAAAGGAGCAUAGUUGCACUGUUGUUUUCCGGUCUGAAGGGCGUGGUUGCUGGUGUAACUAGACACAUGAACUCAGAAUGAUGAACACAGGGUGUUCCAUCACACCGGCAACCACGCCCUUCAGUGCGUUAACACUUAACGAUGUAUGUACCCGCCGAGCUCGGCUACAAAAAGCUCUACUUUUACUAAAAGUACUGUUACCUCGACACUUGCAAUACUCAAUUAUAAAGCGCGUGCUUCAACGCGCCAGAGUAAGUAGAAAAUACCUGAUAACUACUGGCCUAGCCUAGCCUAGCUACUAUAUAAGUAUAGCGAAUAAGCAGGAAAUGAAAAAAUCCAAAUACUUGAAGUAGCACUCUUUUAAACUGUUUCAGCUCGAGAUCGGUACAGCUAAGUAAAGAUUUUUUGAGACGAUGUAAAACUUAGGGGUUAAAGCCGUACAACGUAAUGAGCCAUUAUUUAGGUAUAAUAAUAAUAGGCACUUAAUAACUUUAUUGAUAGAGUAAUUUAUUGCUUAGCUUGUAAAUAACAAUAAAAUGUAUACGUUUCACGUGU